GCGCUUCAUGAAUCAAACAAAGCGCUACUCCGUGAUGAACCGAAGAACUGGCUGGGUGGCGACUUCCGAGUGGUUAAACACCCAUGUGAAGGUUGCAGAGGAUGGGAAACCACACCCCAAGAAGGAGAAAGGCAAACUGUGGAUCCUAACCAUCCACAUCAAGAUUGUCGGCCCCAACAUUGACGUGCGUUUUAGUCCUUCUGAUGGCAAGCCCUUCCGAGCUGUUCGAUGCCUCUCUCUCGAAGGUGGAGCAGUGAAUGCAAAGCUCACGUCCAUAGUCUCAGGAUACGAGCAUUUGCUGACUGAUGAUGAUGAUGCAGAAGCUCAUUUGAUUUGA